CCCAAUAUAUUACUGCUACUACACUAGACGUACGUCCUUGUUCAAGUUGCUGCCAAUUUUUCUCGCUAUGUCCCAAACGCCCGAUGCUGACCCCGGCCGUGACACCUUCACAUGCGGCACUCUGUUCAUGUGCCUCAAUCUACGGGGCCUCUUCAAGAAGAAGCCAGAAGAGGUUGGCAAGAGCCGGCGGCAAAGCCAAGAACAAGAUCAAGACCAAGCCGCCGCAGUCGAUGCCGAGACAGAGCAAGAGCCCCAGUACGUGCCGGCGCCGGCGCCAAUCCGGGCCGCGUCCUUCGAGAAGCUCGAGCGCUCCCCGCCCUAUUCGGGCAGCAACAUCGCCUUCGACCUCCUCGUGGAGCCGGAGCUAGGGGAGGACCGCGGCGCCCGGCAGGUCCUUGCGUACUGCCCGUCGCCGUGCUUCGACCUGCCGGCGGGGCUCAUGAUGAGGGCCGGCGAACGGUGCGACGCGCCUGGCACGGCGGGGUUCGUGCUCGAUGGAUGCCCGACGAAGGGCGCCCUGAAGAAGGUGGCGUCGUGCCUGCCGCCCGACGUCGCGGGCGGCGACGGCGAGGCGCGGCCGCCGCAUCUCGUCAGGUUCUUGUCGACGUCGGGUUCUACCGCACCAGCGAACGGCGGGCUCCCGUGAGGCCCGUGAUUUCCUCUUGGUGAGGCACGAUUUGCACGAAACUCACGUCCAGGUUGCCAAGUUGGUCCAUAUGGGCUGGGUUUACGCAUGUCUGUGGGCCUUUCAUACGUCACCCAAAGGGAAAAGGAAGUCCUUCUCCUAGUUGAUUUAGCCCAUAUUUCAGCUGGACUUGCAAAUUUGCAAGCGUGUCUCUACUCUCUAUACUCCAUUAGGGAUGGCAAUCGGGCGCGACGGGCACGGGUAGUGCCUACCCAUACCCAUGCCCGUGAGAUUAUUUGUGCCCGUGGGUAUACCCAUUACUACAUGACGGGUAAGGAUGGUUGCCCAUGCCCAUUGCCCGCGGGCGCCUUAUGCCCGCGGGCGUGCCCGUUUACCCGCCACAACAAAAGCAGUGGAACAAAAAGUCUACAAGCUACUAAGUUCGAAUCGAACUUAAAACAUCAAAUAUUCUCCACCUCGGUGUCGUGUCUCUCCUCUGGCGGCGAUAGAGUAAGAGGAGAGAAAUAAUAAGGGAAAUAAAAGGGAAACCGAAGAAAAUAAAGAACUGGGCUUAUGUA